AUGCCUGAUAUUACGGAAGAAUUUAUUGGAUUGACUAAUUGUGAUAAGAAAGUUGCAACCAAGUAUUUGAAACGUAAUAAUUGGAAUCUAAACUAUGCAUUGAAUGAGUACUAUGAUAAAGAGGUUGGUAGCUUCCUUGUGGAGGAGGAGGUUAUUGAGUACCCUGAAGAGUUGAUUCAGAUAUUUAAGAAAUACAGUAAUGAUAAUGGGGAAAGUAUUGAUACCGAUGGGUUUAUUCAAUUGAUUAAUGAUUUGGAUUAUCAAUUGGAAGACAUCGUGACGAUUUGUUUAGCUGAAUUGAUGCACUGUAAGUCAUUAUCUCUGCCGAUAACCAAGGAUCAGUUUCUUUCUACGUGGUACGAGCAAGGUUGUUCUCAAUUAAAACACAUGAAGAUAUUACUAGAUGAUUUAGAUCAUAAAUUACAGAAUGAUAUAAGAUAUUACACUCAUAUUUAUAGAUACUCUUUUGAUUUAAUUCGAGACAGUAAUGAAAAAUGUAUCGAAAAAGACAUGGCAAUCGAAUAUUGGAAACUGUUUUUCAGUUCUAAAUGUCCAAUUACGAUCAAUGAACUACAACUAAACAGUUGGAUCGAGUUCAUCAACGUCAAUGAAAUUGAAUCAAUCACUAGAGAUGUAUGGGAAAGACUAUUAGAAUAUUUCAAGAAAUACCCUACUCUGGAAAUUCUUUCAAAGAAUUACAACGAAUUAGACCCUUGGCCAUAUAUCAUGGAUGAAUAUUACGAGUUUCUAGAGGAUACGAAGAGGAUAUAA